GGGUGUUACUUGAAACGAUUAAACACGUUCAACGUUUUAGUGGCGGCAAGGUUUUAAAAUUCCCGCUCUUUCCAAACAUCGUAAAGGCCUUUUCUUCUUCGCUUGUCCUCAGGGCCUCAAUCUCCAUCUGCGAAAGAGAACGAGCAGGAUGCAGAUCCGUUUGAAAUGCACUUGUCAACAGGAAGAAUGCCGGGAAUGGUCUAUUAUAGAGCUACAAGGAGUAGUGGAAUCACAUCCAUCCCUUGUAGACCAUCUCCAAAAUCUCGAAAUUGGCCGCCUCUGCUGUGUUUCCGAGGGAAACUACACCUUUACAGUCGGCUACCACGAGCUCUCAGGGACGAAGAUGGCCCUGAAGAAGCCGUUGCUAGUGCUGAAGAAGAAGAAGGUUGGAGAUGCGUUCGAGUCGGAUUCUUCAGAUUCUUCUGGGGUAGAAUUGGAAGUUAUUGGAAUAAUUCGUCAUCGAAUUCUCUUCAAGACCCGGCCCAUGGCUCUUAUUUCAAAGCCGCUGGUUAAGGAUAAGAAGAAUCUUUAAUUAUCUGAAGAGCUAAAGGUUAGUUCUAUCUUCAAAUUGGAAUUCAUCGGACCUGUUACACCCAGGGUCCUCCUUUUGAAUGUGCUAAGGCCAUUUUGUUAACUUGCUUUGCAUGUGCUGCAACUUAUUUGUCUCAAAUUUGCUUUCAUAAGUACAGCUUGCUAUCAAAUUCAACUAAGAGGCGCAUUUAGCUCUAAGUUUAUUUUGUUGUGGAAAAGCAGAACAGUGUUCAAAGCUGUUGAAUCA